AUGUCUCUCCCAACGCACACGGUAGAAGCCACGCAUGAGAAGUCAGCGACCGUGAGCUCAUCACCUACGGGUGAUGAAAGCUCCAACCCCCCUAGCAUCUCCCUCUCCUCCUUCCAGAAGCUGAAUAAUCGCAUCGAAGGCCUCGCUGGGCUUGAAGCCCGAGGUAUCGAGCGUGUUCUUCCAGAAGAACGACAGGAACCUUCUUCUGCUGCUGACUUGCAGGUUGCCGUGCUAUGGUUCAGUGCCAACCUGUCGCUGAACAACCUGGCGACAGGUCUGUUUGGACCUAUGGUCUUUGGCUUGGGGUUCCUUGAUAGUGCGUUGCUUGCUGUCUUUGGAACGAUUCUGGGUGCUUGUUCGACAGCGUAUAUGGCGACUUGGGGACCUCAGAGCGGUAAUCGUACCAUGGUUGUUCUGCGAUUCUUCAUGGGCUACUGGCCAAGCAAGCUCCCAACGUUCCUCAACAUCGUUCUCAUGGUCGGAUAUGCCACCAUUGACUGCAUCAUUGGCGGACAGGUCUUGUCAGCUGUCAGUGGCGGUACCAUGACCAUCUUGGUUGGCGUCAUUGUCGUCGCUAUCGUCUCAUGGAUCGUCGCCGUUUUUGGCAUGAGGAUCUUCCAUACUUAUGAACGAUACGCUUGGAUCGCUCAGGUCGUUGUCCUUGCUGUUCUUAUCGGCGUCGCUGGGCCCAACUUCAAUGCCGCCGCUAAGCCUACUGUCUCCGGCAACGUCCUCGCCGCCAGUCGGUUGUCAUUCUUCUCCCUUUGCUUCUAUGUCCCCAACUCAUGGGCUGCUGCUGCCUCUGACUUUUAUGUCUACUACCCAGAGCGCACUUCCCGUCUCAAGGUCUUCUUGCUCACUGUCACUGGUCUGACAGUGUCAUUCACCCUUGUGUAUCUCAUCGCCAUUGGUCUUGCUACUGGUAUUGUUGAUAACACGGCUUGGUCUGAUGCCAAUGCCAUUAGCACUGGUGCUCUCAUCGUCGAGGCUUAUAGUCCUCUUCAUGGCUUUGGUAAAUUCUGCUCUGUUGUCAUCGCCCUUGGUGUCAUUGCCAACAGCACUCCAUCCUUGUACUCUGCCUCUCUAGGAUGUCAGGUUCUUGGUCGCUAUACCAAGGCUGUUCCACGAUGGGCUUGGUCUACUGUCAUGUCUGUCAUCACUCUUGUCCUCGCUAUGGCUGGUCGUGAAAGCCUGUUCGUCGUCUUCCAGAACUUUGUCAGUCUGAUGGGAUACUGGGUCAUGCUUAUGAUCUGCAUCGUCAUGGAGGAACAUUGGUUCUUCCGAGGUCGCCAGGGAUUUGACUGGACUGCUUGGGAGGACAAGAACUAUCUUCCCGUUGGUCUUGCUGCGCUUACAAGCUUCAUCAUCGGUUGGGUUGGUGCUAUUGUCGGUAUGUCCCAGGUUUGGUACAUCGGACCCGUUUCUAAAGCUGCUUCUAAUGCGGAUUUGGGAAUGUGGCUGGGUUGCGGAUUCGCUAUCAUUGUCUUCCCCGUCUUGCGAUACUUUGAGCUCAAGAUUUAUAAGCGAUAA